AUGACAAAAGAAGCUUCAGAGCAAUUGGCCUUGAUAUCAGAUUUACAGCAUCUUAGAGAGCUUCUGAAAAAAAAAGGAAAAGAAAUUGAGGAAAAAAAUCGAAAAAUUGAAGAGAUGACUUGGAAAAUUGAAGAGAUGACUCGGAAAAUUGAAGAGAUGACUCGGAAAAUUGAAAUGAUUCAAGAGCUCUGCCAAGGUAUGACUCGUAAAAUUGAAGAAAAGGAUCAAAUUAUUCAAGAGCUCUGCCAAGACAUCAAUAGGAAAAAUGAGAGAAUUGAACAGCUUUUAAAUGAAAAGCAUUUGGAAGAUAAACGUGGCAGCCAGUCUAUUGAUCGCACUUAA